AUGCCCGCCCAACAGACGCAGCCUGUAUUAAGUGGGUCAACAUCGACAGGUGUCAUUCAACGCUCUUCGAGUAUCGAUUCAGCCAUUUGUGAUGCGGGAUGUGAGGAUUCUGUGGAAGAGUGUAAUGAUGGCGAAGAAGGUGGCAUUGAAGAAGAAAGUUUUGACGAAUUAGUCGACGAUUCAAACGAUUCGACUAAUACAAAAAGUUUAGUUCCUCGAAUUGUGAAAUAUGGAGCAAAACGCACACCCAUUCUAUUAUUUUCACCCAAAGUUGUCUACGGAAAAUGUCAGGAAGCUCAAAAAAUUGGAGAAAAAUAUUCCUUGACUUUUAAAUUUGUCAAAAAUGAAACAAAAUUAUUACGUACAAUAUUCGAAGGUCAUGGUUUUAAGGAGGUGCAUCCUUCCAGUCAUGAAUUUAACGUUAUGUGGACAGGCGGAGGAAUGAAACCAUUUUCAUUGAGAGAUUUAAAUCCAUUUCAACGAGUUAACCAUUUUCCGAGAUCGCAUGAAAUGACAAGAAAAGAUCGUCUUUAUAAAAAUGUACAAAAAAUGCAACAGGACAAGGGGGCAAAAAAUUUUAAUUUUAUACCCACAACAUUUCUAUUACCUUAUGAAUUUGAAGAUUUUUGUGGUGCCUUUCAACGUGAAAAAGGUAUAUGGAUAAUAAAACCAGUUGCAUCAUCUCAAGGAAAAGGAAUAUUUUUGAUUAAUCAUCCUGAUCAAGUGCCAUUAGAUGAAAAUUUAGUGAUUAGUCGAUAUAUAGACAAUCCUCUCCUUAUUGAUGGUUAUAAAUUUGAUGUUCGACUUUAUGUAGCUGUUACAUCGUAUGAUCCAUUAGUCGCUUAUUUAUAUGAGGAAGGCCUAUCGAGAUUUGCUACUGUUAAAUAUGAUCCAAAUCAGCGUAGUAUAAAAAAUGCGUUUAUGCAUCUAACUAAUUACAGCGUGAAUAAACGAAGUCAUCGUUAUGUCAGAUGUGAUGAUCCCGAUAUCGAGGAUUUUGGUAAUAAGUGGUCAAUGAGUGCAAUGCUACGAUUACUAAAAGCCGAAGGAAAAGAUACUUUUAGUUUAAUGAUGGCCAUCGAAGAUGUUAUUCUUAAAACGCUACUGUCCGUGGAAAGUCAUAUAUCAGCUGCAUGUAGAAUGUUUGUACCGCAUAGAGGAAAUUGUUUUGAAGUCUAUGGCUUUGAUAUACUAAUUGAUGAUGAACUCAGGCCAUGGGUCUUGGAAGUAAAUCUAUCUCCUUCCCUGGGCUGUGAUGCUCCAAUUGAUUUAAAAAUCAAAACUCAUAUGAUAUGUGAUUUGUUAAAUUUGGCUGCAUUACCGUGUCAGACUGCAUCUAUUCACGCGAAUAAACAAAAACAACAAAUACAAUCGGAAACACUAAAAAGACGGCGUCCGAUAUCAGCUGGUUAUUCUCUUUCGACUUCACUUACAAACACCAAUCCUCGUUCACGCGCUGUAACGGCCACUCACCAUGUUCAGUCUCAUCAGCAGCAGCAGCAGCAUGGUUCAAACAAUGUUCAUAAUCCGUCUCGUCCAAAUGAAUAUUUUGGUUUAUCUUCUGAAGAAUCUCGUAUUUUACGUAUGGUAAAAGAAGAACAAAAACAUCGUGGCGGUUUUGUUCGAAUUUUUCCAACCUCGGACACUUACGAGUUUUUUUCGACCUUUUUUGAACAACGAACAACAUCCUAUAGUCAAAUGUUACAUCAACGUUUGUAUCCGGAACGAUGGAUGACAUCAACAACAAACUCAAAUCAGAAUAAUAGCACAGUGAUACAGACAUCGAUCAAUGUGGGAGGUAUUAGAAGGACUACGAUCCCAAGAGCAAAACACUUAAGCACAGCAUAUAAUUACAGCGGUGGUAGUCACGAUCAUUCAACUAAUAACAAAGCAAGUGGAUGUAGUUUAGAUGAAGCUAUUGAUCGAUACAGACUCUAUGAACGAAGAUUAAUUGAUAUUAUCGAACCAGUGUCAUCUUUGCUACCGUCUCAAUCUACAAAACACACACAACCAGGGUCACAGCAGCGACCUACCACAUUACUUGCGCAAGGCACUAAUAGCGAGGAAUCGAAAACAACAGCAACAAUUAAAUCAACCCAAUCAUCUUUAGGGUCUCGUCCAUCUACUACAAGUAGCACAACUCACAUUAUUCGACCACAACACUUUCAUCAACAACAUGCCAGAAUUGAAUCUUCUUCAGCAAAACGUUUAACAAAUAUUCAAAUGAUUAAACAACAGCAGCAUCUACCACCUGGUCCAGGAGAAAUGCGUCAUUCAGUAUAUGCUAAAACAAAUAUAUUAGAUUAUUUGAAUAACGGAGUCACAUUAACUCCAUUACAAGCACGUACCGCAUUUUCCACUUAUUUACAACGCAUACAAUUUCGUUUAAUGGUUGAUAGUGAAUUGAAAGAAGAUGCAACCACUCUUCAACAUAUGGAAUUAGUUCUAAGAUUUUUAAAACGUGCUGGUCAAAAUCUUGCACAACCAUUUCGUGUAGAAAUACCAUCCAGACGUUUGUCUCUCGUAGAUCAAAAACGCAUAUUGGCGAAAGAAUUAUGUGACUUUCUACACCUAUACAAUAAGGAAACUGACGCACAACGAGGCACGUUACUUCAGUUACCACAACCAGCUUCCAAUAAACGAAUUUCUUCAGCUUCGACUACCGUAUCAGGUACAACAACUAUAUCAAUAGUGUCAACAGUAUUAUCAUCAACAACAGGUAUUAGUCAAGUGGACGAUAGUCUAUUUGAUAAUUUUAUUCGAUCAGCAAGUGAAGCUGAUUUAGAAGAAAUGAUGACAACAUAUAUGAAAACAAAUAAACAAUCAGCAAUACAUUUAGGUGUCAAUCCUCGACCAAAAUCCUCGAUGAAAUCGAUUUCUCAAGAUCAACUUCUUAUACCGACAUCGAAUGGUUCUGAGACGGCUGAUGAUCAGGCCCAUCCUAUCCAGACAUUGAUUCCGCGAGAAAGUGUAAAUUUAAAAAAAAUCACAGUAAUUGUUAAAAAUGAACAGACUGAUCAAGGCGAGAAAUGGGCAACAAACACGACAAAGCCCGAUCAACGGAUACUGCGAGCAUCGAGUGCUAGUAGAGAAAGAAAUAAACGUCAACAGGACAUAUUUCGAUUAUAUGGUGUUAAUCGACCUGUUUCGGCUGCUGUUCACCAACGAAAACAGCCCACACCUACCCCACUGAAUACAAGCUUGUUUUCUCGUCCUAACUCAGCUAAUGGGCCAACUGAAAAAACUAUAUUAUCGCUGAGUGAUCAAAACAAUACACAAUCAGUAAUAGUUCCCUCUACAAAACAGAAUCAGUCAACGACACUUACUAGUUCUUCAUCUUCAUUUGAUUGUGAAAAUAAUGUUGAAGUAUUAAAGCAGUCCAAUGUAGAUAUUCCGAUAAAUAUGACGAAACAACAAGAAAUUUUAGAAAAAUCAAGACAAAUGUUAGAAGAAUCAAAAGCAAAAAAUCAACAAUUAGCACAACAAGCUAAAGCUUUCCAAAAGACAUUACAACGUAAUGAACUAUUUUCUGCUUUAAAUCGUUUUGUUCCUCGACCACCCAUGCGUCCAUCAGGAAGACAAAAUGGUGAACAACGACUACCAUCGGGAAGAUUUCAAAAAUUAUUAUUAACAAAUCCGUCCACACUUGUUUCAGCUCAACAAUCACACCAGUCAAAAUUGAAAAUAGCGAAUGAAAUCUGA